UACAUAUAGAGAGAGAGAGAGAGAGAGAGAGAAUGAAGAAGAAAAAGGGUCAAAAGUAGGCCGAGGUGAGUGAGGGAUGAGAAAUUCCUCAGAGCUUCGUCAUGCUUUCUCUAAUCGUUCAUGGCUCUGCAUCUCCGCCGUCCUAGCUCUCAUCCCGAUCGCCGCCACCGGUUUGGACGCCAUCACCGCAACCCAGCCACUCAAACAUGGCGAAACCCUCGUCUCCGCCGGAGAGGUCUUCGAACUGGGCUUCUUCUCGCCGGGAAGUUCCGGCAAAUGGUUUCUCGGGGUCUGGUACAAACAAAUUCAGGCGCGAACCUAUGUCUGGGUCGCUAAUAGAGACAGCCCACUUUCAAAUUCAUCACCGGUUUUGAAGAUCGGCGAAGAUGGCAACCUCAUCCUCACCGAUGAGUCUUCAAUUCCUGUUUGGUCGUCGAAUUUUCAAAGAGGGGCAAGAAAUUUAACUACGGUCGCACGGAUUCUGGACUCUGGAAACCUUGUUGUUCGGCAAGAAAAUGAUGAAAAUUAUCUGUGGCAGAGCUUUGAUCAUCCGACGGACACGUUGUUGCCGGAAAUGAAGCUGGGAUGGGACGCUAAAACCGGCCUGAACCGGAGCUUGACAUCCUGGAAAACCGCCGCCGCCGACCCAUCCUCCGGCAAUUUCUCUUUCAAGAUGGAUAUCAAUGGCUUUCCGGAGUUUUUUCUGUGGAACGGACAAUCUCGAAUCUACCGAAGCGGGCCGUGGAAUGGGCUGCGAUUCAGCGGCGUGCCCGAGAUGAACACAAGCGACGAUCUCAAGUUCCAUUUUUGGAUGAACUCAAAUGAAACGGCCUACUCUUUUUCGUCGGGAAACAAGUCCGUCUAUUCGAGGCUUGUGGUGGAGCCAUCUGGGAAAUUACAGCGCUAUGCUUGGAUUGAAACUGCCAAACAGUGGAAACCUUACUGGUUUGCGCCGAAAGAUCAGUGCGAUACUUACAGGGAAUGCGGAAUUUACGGCGUUUGCGACAACAGCGCGUCGCCAGUUUGCCAGUGCCAGGCGGGAUUCGAGCCGAAGUUCCCUCGUGAUUGGAACUUGAGAGAUGGGUCCGCCGGGUGCGUGAGAAAGACGAAAUUGAAUUGCCGGGAUGAUAAGUUUUUGGCCUUGAAGAACAUGAAGCUGCCGGACACUUCGACGGCGUUUGUCGACAAGAGGAUGAGUCUGGAAGAUUGCAAGAGGGCUUGCCGGAGAAACUGUUCUUGCACUGCUUAUGCUAAUAUGUACAUCGCCGGUGGCGGUUCUGGGUGUGUGAUUUGGGGAGGCCAUCUUCUGGAUAUGAGGGAGUACGCUGCCUCCGAGGGCGGCCAAGAUCUCUUCGUCAGGGUGUCGGCUUCUGAUUCAGAUGAAUCAGAUAUCAACAGUUCCCACAAAUCUAAAGGAAAAAUCAAGAUCCUUGGCAUAGCAGUGGCAGCUGGCAUUGUAAUUCUACUACUACUGGGAUUAAGCUUGUACUUCGUGUGGAGGAAAAAGAUAAAGCAAAGGGAUAUACAGCCCAGAGGUCCUCAUGAGAGAAGUCAGGAUUAUAUGUUGAACAAAUGGAGUUUUGACAGCAAACGGGACUUUUCCGGUGAGGCUACAAGCGAUGAGUUCGAGUUGCCUAUGUUCGACGUUGCUGCCGUAGCAAUUGCCACUAACGAAUUCUCUGAUGACAAUAAACUGGGAGAAGGUGGCUUUGGCUGUGUUUACAAAGGCUUGUUGGCAGGCGGCCAGAAAAUCGCAGUAAAGAGGCUGUCGAAGAACUCGGGGCAAGGAACAGAAGAAUUCAGGAAUGAGGUUAAACUGGUGGCAAGGCUUCAGCACAGAAAUCUGGUUCGUCUACUUGGCUUCUGCAUCGGCGUGGAAGAGAAGAUGCUCAUAUAUGAAUACAUGGAAAACAAAAGCUUGGAUUUCUUUUUAUUCAAUGAAGAGAAGCGCUCACAAUUGGACUGGCAAACGCGAUUUGACAUCAUUUGUGGUGUUGCCCGAGGACUUCUUUAUCUUCACCAAGAUUCCAGAUUUAGAAUUAUUCAUAGGGAUCUCAAAGCCAGUAAUGUACUGCUUGAUGGAGAAAUGAAUGCUAAAAUAUCAGAUUUUGGCAUGGCAAGAAUUUUUGGAGGAGAUCAAACUGAAGCAAGCACAAGGAGAAUAGUUGGAACAUAUGGUUAUAUGUCACCAGAGUAUGCCAUGGAUGGGCUUUUCUCAGUGAAAUCUGAUGUAUUUAGCUUCGGAGUUUUGGUGUUGGAGAUAAUAAGUGGCAAGAAGAACCAGGGAUUUUAUUAUACAAACGAGGAGCUCAACCUCCUUGGAUAUGCAUGGGGGCUGUGGAUGGAAGGGAAGGGGCUGGAACUAAUGGACUCGUCUCUGGGCGAUUCAUUCUCACCGGAAGAGGUGAUGAGGUGUGUUCGAGUGGGACUCUUGUGCGUGCAAGAGCGAGCAGAAGAUAGGCCGACCAUGGCGUCGGUGGGGCUAAUGUUGAGAAGCGAGAAUGCAUCAAUGUCACAGCCGAAGCAUCCUGGGUUUUGCCUUGGGAGGAAGCCUGUUGAAAAUGAUGCAUUAGGCAAGCAAGAUGAAUCCUUUACUCUCAACCAAGUCACUGUUACAAUUCUAGAUGGACGGUAGCAAGAGGUUUGAUCUCCAGCAGCCGCAAGGCUGUAUAUUUCAUUGUUUGAAUCAUCAGCUCCAGAGAUGUAUGGUAUAAUAUGGUGUUGCAUCCCUUGGCUAUGAUUAGAAGCAUUUACAACUAUGACUUGUUCCGGUACCUUUUGGGUCUUGUAAAUAUAUGGAGUCUCGUACAAUGUUGAUUCACCAAGAAGCAUGGCUUUAUUGGUUAUUUGUAAUUAUAUAUAAGAUUUUUGAGAUCAAAUGUUGACUCACCAAUACAUUUAAGAUAAGAUAGGGAGGUUGUCCUUAACGAAA